GUGUGGUGGUGCACCUGUUUAGAGUGGGUGGGUGUGAAAUUGCGGCUGCAUGAGGCAGCUAUGAAGCCAUUUGUGAGCCCGUGAUGUUGUUCCUGCCGGUGCGGCGCUGUGUGAUUGGGAACUCCAAGCUCUGGGUUAAUGUAUAUUGCUGUGUGAAUCCUAAAUUUCGACGCAAUGUGGGUGUUGUUCAACACUUCUGAGUGAUAUGCUUGCAGUUCAGCCUUGUUGGAUGAUGGAAGAACGAUAAGAACCUGGAAGAUGGGAGAGUUAUGAUCAUGCAAUCUUGUGCUGCUCAAGAAAUGAUGGAACCUAAUAAGGAUGUGUACACACUACACUGUGUCAUAUGCUGGAAGGAGGUGGACCCAGCUUCAUCCACCAGGCUUCACUCCGGGAUAGCAUCUGUGGGCACCCAUUUGUUUGGUUCUGAAGGUCACAACAGUGGGGAUACAACUAUUGCUUCAGAACAAGCUUCACAUGGGAGAAAUUCUCCAGACCAACCCAUGGAGGUAGCAAUGCAUGGCCUAUUGAAGACCAGUCUUGGGAAGACAUUGCAGGCAGCCAUUGAAGCCAUUCUGCUGCCACUGGAACGCCGCCUGCCCACUGGCUCAGACACACUCUGUCGGCCGUGCUGCCACCUGGUGAUCAAUGUGGAGCAAUUGCAAGCCAAGGCAUCCAUGCUGGCAAAAUGCCUGGUGUCUCGCCUUGAUGCUGCCUGCCGCCCUGAUGUAACCCCAUCUGCAAAAGUCGUCCCCGAUCCCCAGUCAGUCUCUAAACUCAGAGUGUUCCGCGCUGCCCGUGGCCACCGGCACGCGUCUUCGCUGCCACCACUGCAGGAGAGCCAGAACUACAUCGCGUCGCGGCGGCCGGCAGCAGCGGAUGAUGCCACCCACUCAGCCGUCAUCAGCAUCGAGAUCUGCCCCAGCGAAGGCGAGCCGACGUUUGUCAGCGUGGAGCGCGCCCCCGUCGAGUCGGCCUGCCACACAGAGAGCACCACUGUCAAACCAGAACCAGAGCCUGAGCAGGAUGCUGCGGAGGAGCGCGAGCGCACGCCGCCGCUGGCCGACCCGCCGCCAGCUGACCCGCCACCGACGUACGUGCGCCAUGAGCAAGACUCCCAGUGCGCCGUCUGCCAGCGCACGUUCGACGAGCGCGCCGACUGCCGCGAGCACAUGCGCGCACACCAGGCCAAGAAGGUCUACUUCUGCCUGCUCUGCCCGCUGGCGUUCAUGGCGCGCAACGCGCUGUACGAGCACGAGACGGCGCAGCACGCGGCCUCCGAGCUGCGGCCGUACGGCUGCGGCCAGUGCGAGCGCACGUUCGCCACGCCCCGCUUCCUGCAGCGCCACAAGGACGAGGCGCACCGGCUGCGGUUGCCGUGCGCGCACUGUCGGCGCACGUUCCGCCGGCCCGAGGACCUGGCUGCCCACCAGAUGGUGCACACCGACCAGCGGCCGUUCCACUGCAACCGGUGCCGUAAGAGCUUCACCAAGAAGGCGGUGUGGCGGCAGCACCAGAAGACCCACACGCGCCGGCCGCGGCCGCACCAGUGUCCGCAGUGUCCGAAGACGUUCCUCUCGGCGCUCAACCUGGCCGCGCACGCGCGCCGCCACCGGCGCACCGAGCUCACCUGUUCGCACUGUCCGCUGCUCUUCAAGUCCGAGAAGCGGCUCCGAAAACACGAGAUGAGCCACUCCGGCGAGAAUCUUCAUUCGUGCGCCGUCUGUCAGAAGACGUUCACCAAGAAGUCGAUGCUGGAAGACCACGCGCGCACCCACACCGGGGAGAAGCCGUACAUCUGCGAGCACUGCGGCGUCGGAUUUGCUCAGCGUUCCAACCUGUCAUCUCACAAGAGCGCUGUGCACUUCAACGAGCGGCCCUUCGAGUGCACAGUCUGCAGCAAGACCUUCAAGAGGAAGCAGUUGUUGGAGUUCCACCACAAGGCUGUCCAUACCGGCGAGCGGCCGGCGCGCUGCACCGAGUGCGACGCGUCGUUCGUCUCGGAGCAGCAGCUGCGCAGUCACGCCAAGCGACACAGCGCCGACCGGCCGUACCGCUGCGGCGUGUGCGGCCGCGCCUUCGUCAGCCGCGAGCGCUGCAACGCGCACAUGUUCACCCACUCGGACAAGAGGCCGUUCGAGUGUCGGGUGUGCGGCUGCGGCUACAUGCGGCGGCCGCAGCUGCUGGCGCACAUGGCCGAGCUGCGCCACGGCGCCGGGCCCGAUGACUACAUCAUCAACCAGGCCGUCGUGGAGCCGGCGGAGGGCCAGGCCGCAGCCGAGGACGGCAGUCAGCUGGCGCGGCCGGCGCUGGCGGACGCGGGAGUCGUGUUCGAGCCGACGGAGCGGCAGCACCAGCCGGCGACGUGAGCGGCGGCGGCCCGGCUGACCGGCCUCCGUGC